UGGGAAGGCAGGGACAGCAGAGGCAGAACCUGUUUGGUGGGUCAGGUGGAAUGUCAUUUAACUGGCAGAGGCUGCCUCUGAGACACAGUUGAAAGGAUACUGACCCGACAACAUCACUGCAUCCCUUCAGGACACUUGGCAAGACGCUUAAAGCUUUCUACGAGAGGUUUCAAAAAGUCAUGCAACUGUAAUCAAAAGACUGGCAUAAUGAAUGGACAUAAGAGAAACCGGAGCUUCUCAGACAACCUGGUCCUGGAGGAGGCUGAGGAAGGAGGCAUUGUUGUCGCAGACAUCAAAGAUGAUUCACUUGCUGCAGCCCGUGGUCUCAAAGAGGGGGAUGAAAUUGUUGGUGCUACCAUCUUCUUUGACAACUUGAAGAAGGACGAUGUGGUUAAGUUAUUGAAAAUGACUGAGCCUUACAAUGCAAACAUGAAAGUCCAUACAAAACAUGGUCAAAAUGCUCCCAACAACAUCUUUGGAAUACCUGGCUUCAGCCCUUCAAAUACAGGGCCUGUGGAUGUUGGCUAUAACAAACUAUUCAACAGUAAGAUAAAAAAAUACCUCAGACCUCAACAGUCUCUUGAUGGAAGCUUAACACUACCAGGUACAAGAGUUAAUGGCAUCAAUACACGACUGAACAAAAAACUGAAGAAUACUGGAACAAAUGUGUCAUUGCCAAAUCUGAGUGAUCCUGAUGUUUUGAAUCUUCAGGGACCAAACUUAAAGGGAGGCAUCAAAGAUCCAGCUUCAACAUACAAAUGGCCCAGUAUGAACAUUACCAGUCCAAACACUCAAAUACAGGGACCAGACCUGGACAUUGAUGCAGGCAUGAAGACACCAAAGUUGAACCUUUCAUCUCCGACGUUCAAGGGAGGAAUCAAUACACCUGACUCAGAUAUUAAUUUACCCAAAGCUGAUCUUAAAGGUCCAGAUCUUGAC